AUGAAUAAUAAAAAGAAAAUUGAACUUCAAGAUCUACUUGGUGCGAUCCAAGAAGAAACUGGUUUCAGUGGUUUAAAACAAAAAUUAGCCUCACUUGAAAGUGGUGGUAAUAAAGGAACGUACAAAGAUCCUUUGCCACCACCUUUGCCCAAACGACUUAAAGAUAGAUUAAAUCGACAAGCGGCUUAUGAGGAAACAAAAAAAGAGAUUUCAAAAUGGGAACCGAUUGUUAAACAAAAUCGCAUAGCAGAUCACUUGGUUUUUCCAAUAGAUGCCAUACCACAACAUCGUCCAACUAAUAGUCUAUUGGCCGGUACAUUCAAGCCUUCAACAAACUUAGAAAAAGAAGUAGAAUCUAUACUGGUGGAAAGUGGAUUGAAACAGGGAAAUGAAAAAGAACUUCAACAAUAUGAAAAACUCCAGUUAAACAAAUUAUCAAUAGAUGAAAUAAAAACUCGAACAAAGGAACUUCGUAGAAUGCGUGAAUUAAUGUUUCGAGAAGAAAUUAAAGCAAAAAGGAUUGCAAAAAUCAAGAGUAAAACAUAUAGAAAAAUUCGGAGAAAAGAAAAGAUUAAAUUAAAUCUUGACCAAUUAUCACAACUAGAUCCAGAGCUUGCAAGAGAAGAACGUAUAAAACUUGAUACAGCUAGAGCAAAAGAACGUAUGACCCUAAAACACAAGAAUACAACUAAAUGGGCUAAACAAUUAUUAAAAAAUGGACAUCAUGAUCCUGAAACAAUUAAAGAUGAUGCUUUUGAUGAACUAUCCCAAUUAGUAAAUGAUGAAGCUUUAAAAGAUGAAACAUCAUUAGGUAUAAUGGAAUCAAUUACUUUUGUUGGUAAUAAUAUGGGAAGAAUGAUAAUUGGUGCUGGAACAAAGAACCAAUUACUAAAAAAGCAAGAAAAUACUAAAGUUUUAUUUGAUCAAGGACCAACUAUAAAAAAAUUGCCCAAAUCUAUAUUUGAUGGAGAAAUUAAUCCAUGGUUACAGACAGACACUUCUCAAGUUAUGGCUAUUAGUAAAAAAAAUAAUAAAGUUACUAAUAAAAAAAAUGAAACAAAAUCUGAUAAAUUAGUUAAUAAAUUAAAGAGACAAAAGCAAUCAAGAAAAGAAGAUGAUGUUGAGAUUGAUUUAGACAAUGUUUUAACAUUCAACGAAAGUCUUCAGAAAAUUGAAAAACAGACAAAAGUAGUAAAAAUUACAGAUAAAGAAAUUGAGGAGGUAGAUGUCGAGGAGGAUGAGAAGAUAACAAAUGAUUACAUUCAUAGUAAAGACACUUUGAAAUUUACACAGAGAGAAUUAGUUUCAAGAGCUUUUGCUAAUGAUAAUGUAGUUCAGGAAUUUGAAGUGGAAAAACAAGCUAUAAUUGAUGAAGACGCACCCAAAGAAGAAGAUAUAACUUUACCUGGUUGGGGUGCUUGGGGUGGUAAAGGUGUGCGAAAACGUAAACGAAGGAAAUUGAUUUCAACAAUUCCUGGAAUUGAUUCAUCUAAACGUAAAGAUUCUAAAUUAAAACACGUCGUUAUUAAUGAAAAAAGAGUUAAAAAGGCAAAAAAAUAUCUUUCAACAAAUGUUCCAUAUCCAUUUAAAAAUACGAAUCAAUAUGAACAUAGUUUGCAUACUCCACUGGGCAAGGAAUGGAAUACUGUCGAAGUUUAUCAAAAAUUAAAUAAACCUAGAGUUAUUACAAAAUUAGGUUCAAUUAUCGAUCCAUUAAAUGUACCUUUUAAAAAUGACAAUAAAUUAAAUAUAUAA